GGGCGGGGCUAGCAGGUUAGGUGGUUCGGCAGCCGCUGUGCUGUGGCAGUGAGUGGCCGGUGCGGGCGGCGAUGUGACGGGAAAGUUGUGGCACUCUCCAGCGCGGGCACUGCCAGGCGGACUUCGCCACACAGGGAGGGCGUGGAGACAGAGACAGACACCCACCGCACCCCCCGCGGCAUCGCCUCGGCCGCAGCCAGCCAGCCAGCCAGCGGCUCCCCAAUGCCAGCCAUGAUAGAGAAAGGGGCUGAGGUGUCGGGCAAACGGCGGGGCAGGAACACCGCGACCAACACCAAAACUCUGACACCGAUCGGCAACGGUAACAACGCGUGGGAGGAGGGGGGGAGCAGCAGCUCCUCCAGCGAAGAGGAACACGGUAAGUGAGCCUCGGGGGAGGGUAGCCUCGAACUCCCCCCCUCCUCCUCCUCCUCCCCCCCCAACUCUGUAAUUAUUAUUAUCAUUGUUAUUAUCAUUGGCAGUGUGUAAUAACCCUCUACAUUGCUCUCUGUCCUCAGGUGGUGGUGGCAUGCGAGUGGGGCUCCAGUACCAGGCGGUGGUGCCAGAAUAUGACCAGGGUAAGAGAUCCAGCACUAUUGUGUGGGGAGGGUGGUAGCCUCGAACUCAACAACACUUGCCACUUUCUUAUGGUGGCAUCAACUAACUACUAGGUCAUUUAAAAAUAUAUAUAUAUAUAUGUUAGGAGAAUUUAAUGAAUUUUUUUUAAAAUACCUUUUUUCUUUUUUGUUUUGUUUGAAGUAUUGAUUAAAAAAUAAUUUUUAUUUUUUUUUAUAGAGAGAGAGAGAGAAAUCAACUUUUUUCUAUUUUUUUUUUUUUUUUGGUGGUGGUUGCACCUACUGUUCAGAUAGAGAACAGCAGGCUGGAAAACGUGUUCAGUAAACGUGCCACCAGACUUGUGCAAAAGAAAAAAAAGAAAAAGGUUUUUCAUGUAGAAUUAUGCUUUUUAAAAAUUAUUUUUUUUUUUUAAAGAUUUGUUUUAUUUAAAUUCUGAUUUAGUUACUUGAAUUUGCCCAUGAUUGAGGUAAUUAUGGUAAAUGUGUAGUGUGUGUGUAUAUAUAGAUGUCAUUUUGGUUUAUUUUAUAUGCCAUGUAUAUUUCUUUUCUAUACAUAUGUAGCAUUGGAGUUUUAAUAGAUGGGGGAGAGGUUGUUAUUUAUAACAUUUAUUUGGGGUGCCACUGCCUAGAGAUUGUAGUGCACUGUGGCCAUGUGUGAAUGUCGGUUGUUGCCUUUUCUAGUUUUUUUGGAGUAUGUGGGAAUGCCAUUGCUCAAAGGUGUAUGAUACAGUCUGUAAAGGCAGAACGUGCAGACUUUUAAAUACAAGCCCCCACCCCCUGCUGAUUGCAUUUGCAUUGAUGGCAAUGUUAACUAUUUGAUUGCUAUGUUAAAGAGCCAAUCUGUGUUUACAGUAUAUAGCAAUUAUACAAAAAGAUAUCUUCUGGAAGAACGAAAUAUGGACUGUAUAUUCUUUCAUUUUCCACUUGGUGCAAAAUUAACACAUUACUAUGUCACUUAAUUCAUAAGUUGAAAUGCAUUUGCUAAAUGAAACCAAUCACUUUAUGCUCAUGGCUAUUGUGUUAAUAGUACUGCUUUUUGCCUGCUUUGUUUAGGUAAGCUGUGAAAAUCACUCCCUCCUAGACACUUAGUAUCUGUUGAUUAUUAUUUUUUUUGCAAAAUCAAAAGGGACAGUGGGGUAUAAAUCAAUGAAAUGGAAUUUUUAGUUUCUUUAUUUACAAAUUUUAUAACUUGUUAAGUUGUGUAUUUUGUUAAUGCUUCAUUUUAGUAAACUUUUUACUGGUACUUUCCCACCUGCUGUUUCAAUGGCUUUGUGUAUGUCUAAGCUAGCUCCCCCACCCCCCCUGGGACAUUAACCCCUUCACUGCUGCUAUUUAUUUGUAAGGGGGGGGGGGGGGAAAUACCAUAACUAAUGUAUACAUUUAUUAUUUGUCUGUAUGGGGGUGGUGAAGGCCAAAAAUAUAUACCCUAUAUUAUUCAAAUACAAGCAGGAUCAAAGUAAACUGUAGAAUAUGGAUAACUUUUGGUGGGUAUGCUGAACUUAUUAGUUAUUGACCCGUUUUAGAACAGAGACGCCACUAUCUUGUUGCAUGUAUCUCGUUGUGUGUACCUUAAUAGCUAUCGGGGUUUUUUACUAAAGUAAGAAUUCAAAGUAAGUCUUAAAUUUAAACAAAAACUAUAGCGUUGGGUAUGCAAACCUGUGCCUAUGUCUCUAGUUGUAUUCCUGUGCCACCUACUUUUUUUCUAAAAAAAAAAAAAAAAAAGUGAGAGAAUCAAUUUCUAGUGGCGGUCUUCCCAAUAGCCACGAGAAUCCUAUCCGCAGCAGUGUCUGAGUAAAACCUUAUGCACAUGUGCCACAAGAACAUCCCAGCUUCCCAGUCGGAAAGUGUUCAUUGUGUUUUUACGAACUUCCCGUGCCCAAGAUUUACUCUGACACUGCUGCGGAUAUUCUUCUAGUGGCUAUUGGGAAGACCGCCACUAGAGAUUUAUUUUCUUAAAAUAAAUAAAACUGCAAUGUUUUACAUUGCAUGGUAAAAUGGUCUGGGGGAGUUGUUGGAGUGGAGAACCCCAUAUUAUGGUCCUACUCUUGUUGGUUCUAUGAGUGUCUUGGCCACAAUGUGAAUCUUUGAGAUUACGAGGCAGUUGUCUGAUGCUAUAGAAAUUACAUAGAGCCAUGUUGUUAAAGGCUUCUGUUCCUUGGAUGCAUAGCCACCAUAUUAAAAAUGGAGGCCUUGUCUGUGUAAAUAUUUUUUUUAGUGUGUGUGUGUGUGUGUGUGUGUGUGUAUAUGUAUAUAUAUAUAUAUAUGUAUAUGUAUAUAUAUAUAUGUAUAUAUGUGUGUGUAUAUAUAUAUAUAUAUGGUGUAGCUUGUCCUAUGGGUAAUUAUAUUAGUAAAUAUUGCAAAAUAUUUAGGUAACAGCUUGACAUAGCACAGCAGCCAAAGAGAAAAGGCUAAGUAUUUUGUAUAAAACUCAGUGAAUUUAUUUCUUCCUUGCUUUCUGUGUAUGGCUCUGUUCUUCUAGUGUUUAAAAUAUUUGAGAGUUGUGUAGCUUGCUCGCGUUGUAUCCAUUUCACAGCAGUUUCCUCUUGCACCCUUUAAGGCCUUCAAUCCAUUUUGAGUUUUCAGUCUCAAUCAGUUGUGACUAUUGAUUUGUAUAUGGUUGAAUUUGUUCUAGGAUUAAACCAUAGUGCUGUAUUGUGAGUGAUCCAUAUGUUCGUCUUGUACCUUGAUACCCUCCAUUACAAAUGCAGUGGACCAGUAGGAGGAAAGAACCGUAUACAGUUUGCUGCACAGAUCCUUUUGCACUCUUAUAGUGCAUUAGGUGUAGUUGUGCUGUGGCCUUUUGAGUGUCAAAGAACUGUGUCAAAGCUUGGAAUUUCUAGUUAUACCACAGAUCCCGUUGUAAAUGUUAGUUCCCAGAUCUUGCCUUUUUUCCCUCAGUAGGUUGCAUGGUUAACAUUUGUGUGCAUAUAUUAACACUCCCACAGAUUUUAUAGUUACUUCCCUCUCAGGAACAUGAAAGGUGUUAUUACUACUAAAUGACAUUUCUCCAUCUUUCAGGCAAAACUUUCUUUUUUUUCUGCUAAUUGACUUUUGGGCAAGGUAGUUGAGCUGGGCAGUGAGCUAUGCAUGGCAAAAUCCAGUCACAUACCUUGUGGAAAAAACAUACCUCUAGAACCCAGUUAUGACCCCUAAAUAUCCUAGUGAUUGCUCCUUUCUGUUAACACAAGAUUACAUGUAAUAAUUGCAUUACUUUGUACUGCAUAGUUUCAGUACUUUAGUACAUCUCCUGGCUUACUAUGGUGGGGAGGGGGGUCAUCAUCUCUACUCCUCUUAAAAGCACCAUACCUGGUUUUUAAUAUCUGAAACCAUCCCAUAGAGCACUUUUGUGAUGUCUGACCUUUGCACACAUCAUCAGGAUUCAUGAUCACAUCAUAUACUUAUGCAUUUUGUGUGUAAUAAAAAAUGGUUUUACUAGGAAGAGUGAGUCCAAGCUACUUUUAGAUGCCUCACCACUAAUGCACCAUAGAACACAGCAAGGAAUUGCGUGGACAGCCGCAUAGGGUCCUCCACGUAAAAUGGUACAUACUGCAGUUGUGGUGUACACUUACUACUGCUGGAAGCAGUGGUAGUUCUAUGCUGUGAUUGGCAGCGGCUGCAGCGCUAGUCAUUUACUGUACUCCAUGCUUUAUGGAAGUCAAUCACAGCAAUGGCCUGCUUUAGCCGUCACCGAAGACAUUGUGAUUACUGUGAGGGCCAAUCUUCUGAGCAGAUCAUGAAAACGGUUACUUAGGGUUAGUUAAAAUUUGUUAGGGUUAUAAAUAAUGUUAACGCUUAACAUUGGUCGGUGUGUGCUGACACAGUGUCCUUAUACCAAAUAGUGUCUCAGGAAUAAAAAGGAAUGUAACAGUUCUGGUAGGUUUCUGAUUUGAUACUAUUUCCCCGAAACAUGGUUAAGGUAUCUAUGUGGGGUGUUGCUGUACUUGGGAUAUGUAGCAGAAUGCAAAUCUGGGUCUUGGAAAUUUGUAGGAGCCACAAUGCUUGUAAAAUUUCAGUUACAGUUCAGUUUGUCACUAAUAUUAGCAGGAAAUGGCCAAGGGAAGAUACUCAAACUGCCUCAUUGAAUAGGGCAAGUUGUCUUCUAUUACAUAUGGUGUACCAUAAUAGUGGUAAAGUACAGAUGGGGGCUGCUAUUUUGCCUUAAGUGAUAUGGGCCCAGUACAUCAGUGCAAGUGUAAUUUGACUCUGUAAGUUCAAACUUUGGCAAAGAUUUGAAUAGAGGAGCUAACGCUGUGCUCAAGGGAAGUAGCAGAGUACAAAUCUGGGGUCUUUACAUUAGUGGGACAUAAACGGUUCUGUAAAAUUCAUCCAGGAAAAUUAAACAUGUAAGUGAAAAACAGAAACAUUUUUUAAAACUAGCAGAUUUAAUGGUUAAAUAAAAAGGGUAUUUUAGUUGGGGAAACCAGGGGCCUGAUUUCUAUAAAUAUGUUUUUGUGUAUUGAUUUUGGAUCCUGUUAAUGCUAAUAAAGAUCUAGUAGGAGAACAAGUUGUACCUAGGUCACUUUUUCUGAAUGAGGUAUAGUGGCCCUGUCCUUUUAACCCUGAAAUGUAAAACAUUGCCAUUUUGGAGAUCUGUGUUUUAUUGCAGGGCUAAACACUAAUGGCUGUCUUCCUGAAACAUAGCUGGAUUGGAGAAAUGUUCUAGUUGUGAAAUUAAUUUCUGAUAAUUCCCAUGUUGAUGUAUAAAACACUUUCACUUUGAAUAUCCAUUCAAAGCACGUGAGAGAGGAAACCCUGCUUGCUGUUUCAUGGACAGGUGUGACUAAGUUAAUUUGUGAAAGUGCUGAUUUUUCUAGAUACCUGCUUCACCUCCCACAUUCUUCAAAUCAAUAAUUUAAUCUAAUAGCCACAUGCCCGUGUGAGAUAACUCAAACAGAUUAAUACGUGUGGCAUAGUGCUGGCUCUUGGAUGUAUGCUAGGCUAGUAUGCGUUUGUAUGCAAGUAUGAAUGCAAAGGAAAAUGAGGAAUUUCAUGAACUACGUUGUGGUAUGCGUGAAAAACUCACUAGAACCCCUCGUUUAAAUGGGAACAGGGCAGAGCUGCUUGACUAGGAUAAUUCUCACAGGACCAAACUUGCAGGAGACUUUGUAAACAACUUUGGUGUCAUGAUUAGACAAAGGACAGGGUCAGAUACUAUGCAGUAUACAUAUAGUCCAGAUAAUCUAAUCCGAUCUGAGGUUUGUGAAGGUGGCAGUCAAGAUAAGCAGACCUGGAUAAAUUAUUUUGGUCUUUGUAGCAAAAACAAAGAUAACCCAGAAAUAACCAGAUGUUGGCAGCAUUGAGCGUUUUUUGCCGGGUGAAAAAAAGGUGUUUGCUUUGAGACACCAGUCACAUAUGGGUCUCCUGUCAUGUCCGCUGCAGCCAUGCAGCUAUUUUUGCCACCACGUGUUUUAAUUGGUUUGCAUUUUAGGGAAUGCUCUACAUGUUGCAGUAUUAACUAGUUCCUUAGGGUUGUACGACCAACGUAGUUAAUUUAUUUUUAAAUCCCCCUUCUCAAAGCUCUUCUUCUUAUUUUCAUCAGUGUUAUUUUGGAGUAGUUGCAAUAGAGGCAUCAAGACUGUUUUCUACUUAGCUGUAUUUUGAUGCCAUCUUAUUGUAUAGAGUCUACUUUUGUUUUCAUUCCAUAUGUUUGCUUUAUAUUAUGGUAACCUCUGUAGUCGUGCAUUUAAAGGGUUGUUAGGCUGAUGAAGUAAUUGUCUCUGUUUGGCCAGAUGCACCUCCUUGUAUGGAAUGCAUUGAUAUACUGAUGGUUAUACUUUGGUAAAGCAUACUUCUAUUUCGAUUAUAUAUUUUUAUUUUUUUUGUAAUAACCUUAAAUAAUAAAUAUUCAUUUUAUGUAUGUUCAGUUGAAGCAGUAUAUUGUGUUCCAGGCCUAGUUGUACAAUUGAAUAUGUCAACAUGCUAGAGUGAUGAUUUAAGCAUCUGACCAAAAAAUAAAUGUUUCCUUUAGGAUCAUAAUAUUUUUACUUUCAUAACAUUUUAGCCCAUUAUUAUGUUGUUGCAUAGUGUUAGCAGAAACGUUUAGAAUCAUUGACUGCUAAAAUAUUAAAAACUUGCAGUCUUGUAAUGGCUUAUACAAUACAAUGGUAAAUAUAGAAAAAGCAAGGAAAAAAAAACUGAUACUUUGUCUAUAUUUAUUAUAAAUACUACUUACUAUGCACUGCAAAACACACAAUGUAAAAACAAGCAUUUCUGUGCAUGCUCUGGGGUAAUCCUGGAAGCUAGUGAAAUACUCUACGCUUUGUUACAGCAGUUGAUCCCGGAAGACCAAGUCGGCAUCGUUCCAGUACUAGACUUAAAAGGGAAAAUAUUCUUGCACUGGCUUACCAUAUGAUUGCUUUUUUUAUUUAUUUUUUUUUUUUUAUCACCCCAACAAAUACAUAUUUUGGCAUUAUUCUGGUAAACAUUUCCAUAGCUUAACAGAAUGCAGCAUCUACCUAGACUGUCAUAUCUUUUAUAAGACAGAGUGGAAGAAAUUGAAUUUUUAUUGUCCCUUCCAGGAAGCAAUUUACAACUUACCACAGCUCACAUCCUAACCCAGUCAAACAGUAAUAUUUUGUCAGUAUCCCAAUUUAAAAGAAUUGGGAGGUGCCUAACCCAGAGGUAGGUAAUUUUUUGAACUCCAGAUGUGGACUACAUCUCCUCUAAUGCAUUGCCAGCGUUUUGGCUGUAUGAGCAUUAUUGGAAAUGUAGUUUACAACAUCUGGUGUGCCGAAUGGUUUCUACCUCUGGCCCAACCCCUGAACUAUUUGAAAUCUCUGUAAUCUAGUAAGUACACCUCUUCCUAGGACGAUUCUGUCCAGAAUGCCAUCAGUGGGUUAUAGUUUUAUAUAUAUCAUGAACCCUGUAAAGUAGGAGACCGACAAACCACACAUGCCUCCUGAUUGGAGUAACCGUCUUGGAAUGGGAAUGGGUCGGUUCCAAGCUUCUUUAUCUUCAUUCUACAGUUGUUUUAUUUCUUUGCCUUGUGGAUCCAACUUAUUAAAGUAUUUGGUACUACUAGAAUUUAAUUCACAUAUGCCAUUUUAUAUGGUUGUAUAAUCAUUACAGCUGGAGAUAGGACAAGUUGUUGUUUUUUUUUUUCUCUGCAAUUAUACAUAAAUUUUUGUGAUCUCAAAUCCCAGAACUUUAAAUCUAGUAGUGAUAGCUAUACUCUGCGCUGCUUAUGUCUACAUAUUCACCUGACCUUCAUACUGGCCGAGCAUUAUGGGAAAUGCAGUUCAGACUUAAAGGGACAAUAUAUGCACCCAGACCACUUUAGCUCAUUGAAGUGGUCUGGGUACAAUGUCCCUAUUUCACUUUGUGUUGCAAUGUUUACAUUGCAACACUAAGUCUGCCUCCAGUGGCUGUCUACUAGAUGGCUACUGGAGGCAUUUCCUGGAUUCUAACGGACCUUUGGUCCGGUAACUAACGCUGGAUGUCCUCAGGCUCUGCAUUAAAUGCUUUCCUACUCAAAGUACCAUGACCACUUCAAUAAUUUGGUCCUGGUGCUUGAAAUCUAUGUGCAACUUUUCAUUAUGAAAUGCUGCAUAAUACAGCUGUAGCCCUUUUCUGCUGGUGGUGUAACACUACCCCAGGUAGCAACAUUAGGGCCAUCCAGGAGAAGGACCAGCACAUUAGGGGUUAGUCUGACCAAAAAUGUAUUAAAAUGUGUUUUGUGUUUGGUUGGAGUAACCCUUUAAGGAAAUGAAUGCACUGUAGGAGAGGAAAUUGAAUUUCUCUCAAGCCUGUGCUCACAAUGACCGUGUAAAGUCAAGUAGAAUCUGCUAUUUUAGGGAAACUUUUGUUGAAAUCUUGUCGAUCAUUGUGUGUUUGACAGGUGAGCAUGUUAAUCAUAGCUAAAGCAGUUUCUGGUUUUCGCAGAUUAGUGGACAGUUAUUUACAAAGUUUAUCAUGGUAGAAAGAUGUCGGUAGCAGAUGGUAAAGUUUUGAUUAAACCUGCAAUGUAUUUUGUAACUAGUAAAACACUGUGUGCUAGUGUCAGGAUAUUACAUUUUCCAGCAUUUUAACUACUAGAAAAACAAAUCUGCACAAAAUGAUAUGUCAGGUAAUAGAGAAGACUGUAGUUUAUAAAGCACACAAAUUGGAUUUCAGCUCCCGGUUAAUGGAAGUAUGUCUGGAAUAUGAAAAUGAAACUACUUUAUUGCUUUAGUUUGGAAGGUCUUUAUGAAUAUUAUUUUUAAUAUUUUUCUGUUAACAAUUCAGUAAACUUUAUUUUUAUUUUUUAUGUUUUCCCCUGUACUCUAACUGGAGAAGCUAUUCACUAGAUUUUAGCAGAGUGUAUUUUAAACCUUGUGUGGCAGGUUUCGUCCCAUAGUGGGUUUAAAGUUAACAAACAUUUGUUGAUGCUUUCGUAGAAGUAAACUUUUAAAAGGUAUUUACGGUUAAGCAAUAUACAAUAUAAACUAUGUGUAUAUUUUUGUGUUUGUUAUGAAUAGUUUAUGCAAAAUCUAUGAAUUUUUACAUUAGCUACAGUCUACAUAAACUAUAACGGCUGUGUUGUACUGGCUAAUUUCUCUUUGCAAGAAGCAAUUAGUUUGUUGGUGAUUUUGGCAGUAAUAUUCCUUCUUAAACAUGGAGGCACUGUCACAGGCAGUUAAAUCUCAUGUCUUAAUGUGUUAGUCUAAAACUUUACCAAGUGAGAUUCUAUAUUAUCCUUCCUUUCUUAUAACUUAUAACUGUAGCUCAUGUUAUAUGGGAAUAGAAUCUUCUAUUCUAUUUGAAAUUAACAGUAGAUUUUGUUUAUCCUGUACAACUCUAGAGAAUUAUGACCACGAUAUGUUUAUUUUUAAUUAUCAGAAUUUAUUUCAAUUUAAUACAAGCUAGCAAAUUACAAACUCGAUAACCCACCACCACCACCACACACACAAAAAAAAAAAUAUAGUUUGUUUUUGUACAUAGAUUUGAGUUUUACAUUUGAACAAAACUGAUAAAAACAAUACAUUUGACUUCAUUCUUUUUAUUUUGUAGGAAAGUUUUUGGAAAUCUCCAAUCUGUAUUUUUGUUUUGCAUAUUUAUUUAACUUGAGUAAACACCUAAACUCUUUUGUCGCUAUUUCAUUUACCAUGGGGAAUAUACGAUAGUUACUUAAUUUGCAGCAGCACAUUUGGCAGUUGGUUUGUGACAAGAUUAUGAAAAUGAGAAAAAUUAUUAAACUGAAUGUAAUAGUUAUACUAACACUAUAGGGCCUUAUAACCAAACAAUUCAACACAUGAUUACUGGCUGUGAUGUUAGCCAACAUGAGAAAAAAUACAAUAAUGCACAAUGACCUAAAAUAAGGUGGAAAACACAUCCAAUAAGAGCAAUAAACUCAAAGAUCAGAAAUCAUUCACAUCACAAUAAAGUUCAAGAUGCUUUAAUGAUAACCAUUGUGAAUUUUGAUACUUUCCCUGCUUUGAUGAUAACUGCUGUAUUUGCAUUUUGUUUGUUGCUUUGAUAAUAAGAGAUGCACUGUCUGUAGAUAAGUGAACAUAAAGUAGCAUUUUGUGACCUUUUGCAACAAAUGUGCAUCAUCCUUCUAAAUGGCUUUAGUAAUGCUAGGGCACUUACGCAAUCUAACUCAUUAAGCCCUGCACGGCUGGCUGUAGUUGUUAUGGUGCUUCGAGUGCUCCUUUAAUAUGAAAGAGUUAAGGAAUGGGUUGACAUAACCCAAGGCUGUAUUAUUGGUGGUUUAUAACCAAGUCACUACUUUCUGUUUGUAUGUUUACUAUUUAUCACAUUAGGUGAAGAGUGUUUGGAGGCUCUGUAAAGUAUUAUAUUUUGAAAGAUACUUUAGGCUAUGCAAUAAACGCAUAUCAAACAAAAGCUUAGAAUGAUUUUGGGACCAGGAAGAGCUAAAAUAAGUACCAGUUUCCUAUAGAGGAGGUGUUUUAUUGUUUUUUGGGAAGAAAAAGAGUGCUCGAUACAACACCAAUUCAAUAUUCCUGUAUUUAUAUAGGACCACGUUUCAUGUAUAUUGAUUGCACAGUACACUGUUUGACUUUUUAAGAAGAUUUACCUGCAGCUUCCUGACACUCUGUUUUGGUUAGAUCACUGUGUUAAACCCAGAGGAGACAUUAAAAAGAACACUCUUGCAUUAAUAAUCCGUUUGUCUAUGUAAUAAUUAUCUACAAGCAGGCCCUGAAUCUAUAAGGCACCAGGAACUCCAGCGUUAUACUCCCAUUACAUCCAGCAGUGGCACAGUCACCGCUCUUCCAAUGUGGAAUAAUCGGAAGGCUCUACUGUGUGCCACACAGAACCAAUAGUAUUCUCAUCAUAGAUAAGCAGUACAAUGCUUCACUAUGGGUGAAUUAUUUUUUUUUUUUUGUUAAUCAAGUUUUUUAUUGAGUAUCAGUGAAAACAGUACUGUUGGGCACGCAGGCCCGCAAUAAUAGGAUUUGAGUACAGUGUAUAGACCGUAGAGAUUCCUACAGGUAUAGCAUUCAAUAAGGAAAACAGUGUCAUGUUCAAUAACAGUUUACAGUUACAAUUUGCCACUUAUAACCAUUCGUAAAUUUCAGGUGCGUUUUCGUUCUCUAGAUGGAGUGACGGUGCUACGGCACGUGAGAGUUGUGUGAUGGCAGUGCCUUGUUGUCUAAGGCUAGGGUUGUGUGAACAGUGUGUUGUAUGUGGUGUUCACAGGUUCGUGUACCCACCUAUGGGAGGGGUCUGUUAUUUUCUUGUUUACUGCAUAAGCGCGUCAGGGUGCGUGAUGUCACAGUAGUAGCCAGUGUAAGAGAGUUACACAUGGAAGUGAUGUGUAUAUGUAGUACAAAGCACCAAAGUAUGGGGAUAACAUGUCUUGGUUUCGCGGGCUCGUGAUGGAACCCGGGUGUAUGAUCACAGCGUAUGAGUAGUAUACAUCCCUGUAAAGUCCGUAAGCAGGAAUAAUUAAUUACUUUGUCAGGGUCAGUUUGCUGUCAGUGUUAUGUGUCAGUAGGGACCGUGGUCUUCAGGAGAAGGGCGGUGAUGUCACGCCCUCACUAUGGGUGAAUUUAACUGCAUUUGCUGUUGUCAGGAUGACAGGAGCAAAGGCGUUAAGUGCCUCUAGUUGCUGCCUGACAGUCACUAAAGGCUCACUGACAAACACAUAUAAACAUUUGUUACUUACAUUUGUUAGAACUACCACACAUUAAUGCUGUAUCUGUGCUAUGACUCUUAGAAUGUUCCUUUUUAGGGGAAAUUCUGAGUUCUGGUGGUUAUGGUGCUUAGUAUUUGGGUGUCACCUCCCCCUAGAUUUUUGUCAAAACAUUUUGGAGCAGUCUGAUUACAAAAAUAAAUAAAUGGGGUUUUCCCCAGCACCUAAAGCUAAGCCACUUACCUGCAUCUUGUGUAAUGUAGAAAACUUUCAAGUUCACUUUCAUACUUAGGCUGGCGUGUGUGCGUACAAGAGAAAUGGCGCAGAAAGGACUUGCAGUUAUACAAAUUAAAUCAGCUAAUAGAUUUCUCAAAGUUUCAGUGAUCACUGAUUUUCACCAGAUCAAUGCAGAGAUUUAAAUAUUUUUUUUGUUUCCCAUUUCAAAAUUAACAGCCAUUAUGAAUAUACCACAUUUGUUAAGCGGAUUAGUAGCUGUGCAACAAAUCUUUAAAACUUGUCUCCCUUUCCUUGACUACCAUUUUCAGGAAUAGGUGUAACUUCAUAUCUGUAGGCCAUCUCUGAUGGGACUGAAAGAUAAAAUGACUUUAGUCUUAAUAAAAUGAGUCAUCAUUUUGCAGUACUUUAAGGAAGCUGCCAUUGUUCUUUGUCUCAAUUUGAAACAAACAUCUGAAUUUACAUAAUGAGUUUUUAAUUUUAUUAAGAAGAUUGGGCUCAGCAAAACAUAAUCCAUUCAUUGUGCUGAAGAGAGUCAAAAAGUAUAAAAAGUAUAACUUUACUGCAGUUACCUCCUGAUGUAUGGCCAUUUGAAAUGGAGUUCAGAGGCUUGCUGCAUCCUAUAUGAUGUCUUGUGCAAAUUUACUAACAUACCAUAUUUAUUAUUAUAGUACAGGGGUGUCCAACAAAAAUAAAAGUAGUAGAACUAAAACUCCCUUGAUGCAUUGCAUACCUUUUGAAAUACGUUUAGAAUGACAAAACAACAUGGAAGCUGUAAUUUUAAAACAUCUGGGGAUAUACCUUUGGGGCACCCCUGAUAUACUCUAUCCAGCUACUGCAAGCGAUUCCCCCUCUUCUCAGACUGAAAGUCUGUGUCUGAAAAUUGACAAGUCAGAGAUUUCUCAUUGAUAAGUCUCUCUGGUCCAGCAACUUUUUAUUCCCACUUUUCAAUGAGUUGUAUUGCAGCUCAUUGAGUAUUAGCAGGCCAAGUGCUGUUUCUGUUAGCGCACUGCAGCUAAAUGAAUAGUAAGAAACAUUCCUCCCCCCCACACACACAACUGUCUUUUAAAGAGGUAUUCAAACCAUAAUUCAUGAAAGUACAGUUUUUUGUUUUUUUAAAUCAGCACUUUUAUAAAUUGGUAAAAAUGGCACACUUACACCACCCCCAUACAACUGCACCGCAUGCGCAAAUUGCCCACGGAUUUAUGCUGCAGGAACUGUGGCCUAAGAGGAACUUACAUCCACAUGUGGUGGGAGUGCCCCACCAUACAAAAGUUCUGGGGGGAGGUUAGAAGCUUACUGGCCCAGGUCUUCUGGAGGGCUACGGCCCUUGACCCGUGGACAUUUCUCUUAGGCAGACCGAUAGAUAACUGGCCCAAACACGACCUAAAACUACUCAAUAAAAUUACACUGGCAACCAGGCGGGCCAUAGCACAAUACUGGCUCAAGAUGCAGCCUCGGAUGCAGCUAUUUGGAGCAGUUCUUGUCAAUUCAGCUCAUGUCUGGUUAUUUGGAGCAAUAAUUCUUUUUUUUUUCUUCAGUUAUUGUUAAAUAAAAUCAUUACUGUCAUUGAGACCAGUAUGAAUCAUUUUCCUAUAUAGGGAACAUUUAGAGCAGAAUACACAUUGGAUUGUAGUAAAGUUGAAAGUGAAUUGAAAAAUUAAGGCCAAUAUAGCAAAGAAAAUAAAAAUGAACUUUGGAACAAAUUAUCCGAUUUUAAACCAUUUUUAAUCAAAACCUUUUUUGUUUUUACAUUCAUAACAACUCACUGUUUAGGGCACAGACCUGAAGGUUUUCAUUGAAUUUGGAAGUUGACUGUGAGCAUGGUAAUAACCACAGCACGAUAUUGCUUGGGAUCUAACAGAGUCUCUCUUUUAUAUAUUUGUAUUGUUGAUAACGAUUAUGGGAGGGGAAAGGAGGAAAGAUUUUAUUCUCUUUCCUUAAAGAGAUUCUAUAGUGCCCCCUCUCGCGGGGCUGAAGGGGAUAAAACCCCUUCAGUCACUGACCUGAAUCCAGCGCCAAUAUCCCUCAGCGCUGGUUUAGGCUCCUUCCUUUGCCAGCAGGGGAGACCUAAUGCGCAUGCGCAGCAAUGGCCACGCACGCAUUAUACCUCCCCAUAGGAUAGCAUUAUUCAAGGCUUUCCUAUGGAGAAAAUCUGACGCUGGAGCUCAGUGAGGACGUCCAGCGUCCGAUAACGGACCAAAAGUCUGUUUAGAUUACAGAAGCCCUUUAGAUAGCCACAGAGGGCAGACUUAGAGCUGCAAUGUAAACAUCGCAGUUCUCUGGAAUUGCAAUGUUUUACAUUACAGCACUAGGUGCAAGAGAGUCACAGAACCCAGACCACUUCAGUUAGCUGAAGGGGUCUGAGUGCCUACAGUGUCCCUUUAAAUAAGCUCACAUGUGAUGAUCGGGCAAUAAUUAUUUCCUUUAUUUUUGUGUACAGUUAUUCCUGAGAACCCACUGACCUAUGCUUUUAUUUUCUCUGAUGUAAUGCUCAUUCUCCCAACUAGUAGUUUAAUUGGUGGCCCGAGGGUGCUUGGAAAGGCAGUUUUUAUUUACCAGAAUCAGUCCCUCGCAGUGACGGCAAUCUUCUUCUAUGAAGUCCUUUUUAACUCCCGGUGCUUCAUAUGUCAGGUGUCAACAUCAGCACCUGCGCACAGGGGCAACACAGUCUUCGGAGGAUCCCACAAGAUCUUCCAUAUACAGAGCCUUUUCUCUCUCAGCAAUCACAAUUGAUGUUUGUGGGUGAGACAGCAGUACCUCCUCCUUUUGUCAAGCAUAGGAAAAAUACAUAAUACAAAAGUCUUUACUUUGUCUUUGUAAUUCUUUUACUGGGUUUGAAUUUUAGUGAAAUUCCAACAAAGACUUUAUGAGCAUUUCAUAAAGAUUUUAUCUUUAUGAAAAGAUUAUUUGGGGGGGAAGGGAGGGGGGGUGGAGGGAUUGUUUUAAUGCUACUGAAAGGGCUAUUUCUAAGUAUUCAACAGGAAAAUCUGAUACGAGUGGUAGAAAAAGGUUGUGAAACACUGGUUUACUCUGAAUGCUAUUUUACAGAGACAGAUGUCUCCAAGAUCUAUUGAGUUAUUACCGUGCUGAGACUGACUUGCUAGAAAGGAGGAGUUUUUGUUCCUACACACAUUGUGGGUGAGCUGUCUGGGAAUUAUUCGCCUACAUUGUGAUCCAGACGGCAGUAACCAGCCCCUGCAUGAUGCCUCUGUUGAGCAAGGGGGGCAGGGAGAACACUGGGGUUGGAACGUUGUGUACUUUUUCCUGAGUACUUCUUUUACCUAUGUGAGCUAAUGCAUUGGGCUGCUUAUUCUAUACAAAUGCUGAAUUUAGGUCACACAUUGUGUUUUCUCUUAUGUUGCAAGCUCCCCUUUAAAUGUUCAAAUAACUUUUGGUUUAGGAUGAUACUUACUGCUGCCAAUUAAAGAGACAUGGGUUUUUUUUGUGGCUUUUCACACGUCUUUUCAUUAACUCCCUCAAUGCUGUCAGAAUCUUAAUAGUUUAUACAUAAAUCACAGUUACAGGAGCACUGCAUCUGAAAUAAAAAAAUAUAUAUAUGUAAGGUGAUAGAUCUUGAAAAUGCUUGCCAUUUUCUUGCCUUGUGUUGGAUAAUUAAAGCAAUAAUCAAUCUUUCCUCAAACCAUGGCAACAUUAACAAAUGGGUAGAUCCCCCCACUUAAGCAGAGCAGGAAAUAAAGUUAACUGUUCAACCCCAGUUUUUUUUCUGUCCAAAAUUAUGAGGCCUACAUUAGCAGGCCAAACUGGUAUUUGCUGUGUCUGCCUAUGGUAACCCGGUGAGCAUACAGAGUGUGCACCCUAAGAAAAUGUACAUCUGAACUUUACUUAAAUACUAAUAAAAAAAGGGGGGGGGGGAGGGAAUACACUUUUCUUAAAACAAAAUUUUGCUCUAUCAAUAAUUGGCCACAGAGACCUAAACAGGUGAAAGGGAGAACGAUUUGGCAUUGAAUAAGAUGUGCCUAGUAACUAGUGAUCAACCAACAUUUUUCUGGAGGUGUUGCAGAUUAUCUUUAGCUGAUUACCCAUGCCAAAAUUCAGUAUAUUAAAAUAUUUUAAAAAGCAACCCAAUUUCUACACAACUGGUAUUGACUGAACAUGCUAACCACAAUCACACUCCUAUCACUGUGGCAGCCAGUACAUAUUGGCUGCCCCAACUCCUCAAUCUUUAUGAAAGGCUCGACAGACUGCUGGCUUUUUAUUAAAAUUCCAAUGCUGUCAAAAGCUACAAGACAAAGUAGGAACUUGGGUAGAGGAUGCACUGUAAAUGUAGAAAAUAUAAUCUCCCAUUCCAGGAGCCACAUUUGACCUAAGCAUCCUUCCUUUUAAAAAUGCAUGUCUAUUUACCUGACAGUGAAUGCAUAAAGACACAAGCAAAAACAUAACCUGUGCCUUAUUAGAAUGAUUUUUAUGUUUUAUGCAGUCUCCCUCUACCCAUUCAAUAUGCAAUGCUUAUUUACACUGAAUAGACCAGCUUGUCCUAUUACACUGGAAUGUACUGAGAAUUUUUUUUUUUUUUUAAAUAAUGGGUACCAGUAAGUAAGUGUCCUUUGGAAUGACUCCUAACGAUAUAUCUCUGCCUUCUCUAAUUGUAAAGCCCUGCUUUAGAUGUUGGUGCUAUGUAAAUAAUAUAAUACGAGCAAUAAUUGUUUAAAUUACAUUAGGAUAGUCAUGCAGUUUUAUUUCAUAGCAGAUCUCAUUCUAGAUUUAAAUUGAAUCUUUGUUUUCUUUGUCCCUUGACAGAAGUUGCAAAAACCUGCCAGGAGCGUGAGAACCCUGGCAUGUUGGUAUGGUCACCCAACCAGAAUCUCUCAGAGGCCAAAUGUAAGUAUACCUUUUUUAUUUCUAUGCAUUACAUAGACUGACUGCAGCUUUAAAGCAAUGGAUGUAGCUGCAUUUAAUUUCCGGGAGAGCUUGUUACAAAGUUUAUUUAAAAACCUCUUUAGCACAGUUAUCAAACUGUGGGUGUUCUGGCCAUGCAAGUAUCUUUCUCUCCUCCAUGCUACAGCCUUGUCCACCACAACCAUCCUAAGAUUUAUAGGUGGUACAUAGUUAACUAGGUGUAGUAUAGGGAACUCACAUAACUAAUUUUUGCAAAGAGUCAAACCGUGCCUAAUAUGAAGUUUAAGCAAUGUAUUUACAUCAGUAUGCAUUCCAUAGACCCCAAUGAGACUAUAAUACUUCUCCAUUAGCUCAGGGCUGAUGGUAUAUCUUGGUAUUUACAGGAAUUUUAAAACUAAAAUAAUGAAUUCUAUUUUUCCAUGCAAAACAAAUUGGAAGCCCCUUCCAGAAAAUAAUGAAUUGUUAAAUUUAUUUACGAAGUUACUCUAACAGAGUAAAGACAUAUUUAAAUACGGUUAACUUCUAACCCAAGUGUGAAUUAAAACGAAACUCUGAAUUAAUAUAUACCAAUACCCACCAUGCUGGUAUGCAAUGUAAAGAAUAUCUUCAGUUGAGGAUAUAUCCAAGGCUGUGGGUAAGAUAGCUUGUAGUUGAUUUGGUUUGUGUAAAACUGCAUACUUUUUGACCAGUGUCUUCCAAGGUACUGCUUUGAGGAGAAGUGUACAUACCUGUAGAUCUAGAUUAGGUUACAUAAGCCCUCAACAAUUGUGCCUGUGUUAAUUGGAAUAUAAAAUCUGGUUUAUUUGUUGUGGGAUGUUUUUCCCCAUCUGUUUUAAAAAAGAAAAAAAAAAUACUGUCAUUAUGUAAUGCCAAUAUUAAACUGCCUAAGAGACCCAGUUAAAGCGUCAGACAGUUUGGCUACUUACUGUGGGAUCGUGCCAUGGAACUCCUGGCACCUUAACCGUAUGGUGUGCUGUGGUGGUUAUGGUGCUUAGACUGUCCAUUUAAGAGCUUGUAUUAUUUUGUUAGACUUUGGACUUGCAUGUAAUCCAAACCUUUUGUGUUUUAAAAUCCGUUCUAGUUCUGAGUACAGGGAUGUAAAAAAUAUACAAUGUAUGCAACCAACUGGAAACUAAUAGCUUAUAUUAUAAGACAAGAUAUACACACAAUGCAUUUGGUCAGAUUGAUAAACCAUUGCAAAUUUAUUUCACAAAGGUUGUUUUGUCGAUAGGCCUGUUUUUUAUCCACAUUUAAGGUCAGAACCAGGGAAUCGUUUGGUUUAGUACCAGUCUUUAUAUAGGAUCCUGUUGAAUGAUAUGACUAGUGUCCACUAGAUGGCAAUAAUGAUCUUUUGGAAUCAACUUGAUCUUUAGAUUUUUUUUAAAAUGUAUGUCCUUUUGAAACUUUCAGUGGAUGAAUAUAUUUCGGUUGCAAAGGAAAAACAUGGAUAUAACAUGGAACAGGUAAGAUGACCAUUUUAAUAUGAUUUUAAAUAACCUUUGUUAAAAGCUAAUAGUAAUUUUGUAGUAUUAAUUAGCAAGUUUUUCUUUUUUAAAUCUAUUAACAAUCUAGGCGACUGUACAAGUCAAGUGAAACUGUAUACUUCCUACGUUUCCUUUUAAUAACUAGCAGUGAACAUUUCCUUAGUCUUUUUGUGCUUUUACUCUAUAUAGAAUGUUUGUCCAUUUGACAUCAUCCUAGCUUUGUGCCAAAAUGACCGUUCAACAUGAAUUUGAUAAAGCUCAGAAUCCAUGGCUUUAAAAACCAUUUGUGUUCUCGCUUUAAGUUUUAUACACACGCACACCAACUUAAAAAAAAAAGGGGGGGGCUCUUUUUUUUUUAAAGUGAUUCUUCUCAUUCUGACUUGUAAAUUGAAGGAAAAUAAAAACUACCCCUACCUUUAGCCCACAUCUGGUGCUCUGUCCCUGAGUUUGUAAUUGUGCAUGUCUAUGAUUUUUGUACCUUCUAGUUAAUCCUACACUUUUUUUCUUUUACUGACCCGUGUUCUGUUUUUCGCAGGCACUUGGCAUGCUGUUCUGGCAUAAACACAAUAUUGAAAAAUCACUUGCAGAUUUGCCGAACUUUACACCGUUUCCAGAUGAAUGGACCGUUGAAGACAAGGUUUUAUUUGAGCAGGCAUUUAGCUUUCAUGGGAAAACCUUUCAUAGAAUUCAACAAAUGGUAAGUUAACAUAGUAUUGAUCCCCUAAAAUGCAACAACUCACUUAUUGCCAAUAUAGAGUGCUAGGUUACAUUGUUUACAAUGUCUGAUGUGUAUUUUAUGCUCACUCUAGAUGUUUAUGGACUAAAUGACUUUAAUCAAUCCUGUAGUGUUGGAGAAGAAUUUAUUAAUGUGAGAAUGCAAAGUGACUUUCAAAUUUUAAGGCACGAGUAGUGAAAGUGAAAACAGACUUUGAGAAUUGAUUCAGUUCAGCUAUUUUGCUUGUCAGUCUCUUUUUUUCUAUUUAGGUAAAUGCAUAACAUUACAGAAAGGAAAAAUUAAUGAGAAGCAUAUAUAUGAUAUGGUAAUACCUAUUUUUUUGCAUGAUAAAACCAGGCUAAAUAUACAUGUUUGUGCAUUGCUAAGAAUAAGAUUAAUUCUGGCUCGCUACGUGCGUCCAGAUCAUUAAACUGCCAUAUAGGCUCAUAUCUAGGUAAACCUUCUGGACACAUUAAAUAUGAGGAGUAGGUUAUAUAGAUCGUAAACUAUGAAUCCGCUAUUGCAAGUACAUUCUCAUGUCUGCCUAUUAAACAGCUGGCAUAUGGUAUAUAAACAGGCUAGGAUGAGAAUAAAUCAGGCAUAUUUAGCCUAAUCAGUGGGAGUCUAACCGUGUAAGCAUGAGUACAACUUGCCCACUUUGCCACUGAGGGAUAAUAAUAACAGUAGUGAACAAUUGAAUGCGUGUUAAGCAUAUAGCAGGAUGUUGCAAACUUGUGGUGUGUAUAAAUUGAUUGUGCAAAACAUAAAAAGGUAAUGAUGUGCCUACUGGCUUUGUCAGGAUGGGAGUCCAAUACCACAUGCUAAGAACUUUGAUGUGUUAGGUGACUUGCCCCGCACAGGCUAGCACCUAGUGGGUGUUGUGAGUCAAGUGUGUGCGUUACAGGCAGCGCUGCAUUGAAGCAGGGUGGUAGUUAUAGGGUUUUACGCCUCUCUUGUCUGUCGUGUAACGUAAGUGGCCUUAAGGCGGGGAGUGUCAUGUGUGGUGUAUAGUAGAAAAACCAUAAACAUUAAUAACAUUGGUGUCAAUUAAAUGGCUCUAAACAUAGCUGUGACAUUAUGGAUUCCUGCGUCAUGUGGGUCUUGGGGCCUCUCUGGGGUGGGGUGAAUGGAGUGACUCUGGUUGGGUCCCAAUUGUGCAGAGGCCUAGAAGUGGCAUUCGGCUGGGUCCGGGUUACAUAGUCCUGUGGUAGGUCUAAGUUCCCUAGUAGCUCUGUUGCUUCUUGCAGGUCCUGGAGACAUGGUGUCUCCGUGUGUCUCAAGGAGUGUGCAAGACAUGCGCCAGCGUUAUCAGAUUUCUUACUGUUGUAGAAGCGUGGUAAGAGGCUUAAGGGACCGCCGCCAGGCCCGUGUGCUGCUAGAUAGGUCAGCAUAAAACGCCAGGGACAUGUUUUCAAAUUGGUAGUGGGGUUUCCCCCCCUCAGUGCUCUCAGGACUGCCAUCUUAUCUGCUCCAUUUUGAAAGUGGAUUAUCAAGUCCCUUGGGACAGUGGAAAGUGCCUUGGCAAGUUUGGGGAUACGAAAAAGUCCUUCCAGGAGCGCGGCUUUGGCCUAACUUGGUGGCAGCAAGUCCCCCAGCAUUCUCCUCAUGAGUUGUGGCAGUUCUGCCUCGAGGACCUCUUCAGGGAUCCCUCGGAUUUUCAGAUUGUUCCGGCGGCUGUCUUCCUGUCCCGUGAAGCGGCGUUCGUGUGCUUGAUUCCGCCGCCUGUUCCAGGAACUCUAUUCGUUGGGAGACCUUGUGUACGGUUUCCUCGAGUGCUCCAAUGUGGCCUUGGACAAACCCCUGCGUAUUGUGGCUAUGUCUGCUUGUAGGUUGAUCUGCAGUUCCACCAGGAGCCACUUUAGGACAGAUGUAGUGACCGGAGAGGAGUCGGGUUCGGUGGUGGCCUCAAGAGUGCUGGUAGGUGUUCUUCAUCCCCUUCAAUGGACAGGUAGUCCAAGAUAUUGGAGCAGCCUCCCGAGAGUGCGCCCACUCAUGCCACCCUCCACAAGUCGCCGAUAUUCAUCCCCAGAUUGGAUCGAUCAGGUUUGUUUUUUCUACUUGCCUCCCAUGGUGUUUGGGUAUUCAGGUGAGGUCUCUGAGGGCCAGUCAGGAUGGAUAAAAGCCCCUGUAAAUGGUAUUUUCGUCGCUUAAUCCCCAGAAUUUGUGACUUGCGACUGUUUGAACUUGGGGGCGGAGCCUAACUGCCAAAGCAGCUAUUUUGACUUUACAUUUGAAAUUCACUUUGAAUUCUCAUUAAACUUUAUAGUCUUCAGUUUAGGAACUGGACAUUUGCCCUGUAUUGCCUUGCACUUGAUAGAAGAUGCCAUUCAUCUGAUACACUUUUUUAUAUUGUCUUACAGCUUCCCGAUAAGUCCAUUGCUAGUCUGGUGAAGUUUUACUAUUCCUGGAAAAAGACUAGGUCUAAAACCAGUGUGAUGGAUCGCCAUGCUCGCAAACAGAAGCGUGAACGUGAAGGAAGGUAAGCCAUUACUGUUCAUUAAGCUUGCAAAACUAUAUUCUAUAUAUUCUAAAUUCAUUGUUUUACCUUCCUGUAGCAAGCCAGACUGUUUGACACCUAUCUUACUGCGUGGAAGUAGCAUUUGUUUUGUUAAUCCUUCUAUGAAAAAAAGCUAGCCAUGGCUCAGGAGAACAUGUUCAUAGCAUAAAGGAUGUUUUGUGGUUUUUGUUUUUUUGGGGUGGGGAAACACUCCAAACAUCUAAUGCAGCAAUCUAAAAUUGUAGCCCCCAAGAUGUUGCAAAACUACAACUCUAACGGAUCUUUUGCCAUCUAUAGCAUUCAGAGAAUUCCUGGAGUUUUAGGAUAUCUCCAUCUUGGGGGCUAAGAUCCAUGCUCUAAAGCACUUAAGGUUACUCAAGUGAUUUAGAGGUUAACAUAGUGUCUCCUCUUUCACACUUUAUAAAAGUGCAUAUUGCAAGACAAAUGGCAUUUCACCCUAACAGCUGUAAGACGGUAAGGUGGGUGCUAUUCUGGAUAGCUUAGUGUCAUGGCCCUAAGCAGAAGACAAUGCUUCUAGGAGAGCAACAAUCUAGUUAAAAUUUUAAAUACUCAAGCAAUACAAAUAAAAAGGUUUUUAUUUCUGAUACAUAAGUGUUCCUUUAAAGGAAAACUCCCAAUCCAUAACAAUGUAAUCUCUGUUAAGUUUUUUUGGGCAGCGCUUAAUCCAGGGAGGUUUGCUAGCCAGUGAUAGGAUGAGUGGCACAAUCCCUCACCAACUGGAAGAACCAAUCAAAGUCAGUGGUUUCCAAACCAGUCCUUACGGUACGCCUAUGAGUCCAGGAUUUAGGGAUUACCCAGUUGUGUCCAAAGUGUUUUUAAAAAAAGGAAAAAAACAAAACAUCUUGACACAACUGGGUAAUCCCAAAUCCUGGACUGGUUUGGAAACUACCGCUCUAAGCAAUCUAACCACUAAAGCUGUAGUUGGGGAGUUGCUUAGUUUUCCUUGAAAUGACCACGUCACACACAUACACCACUUCAGCUUACUGAAGUGCUUUAUGUAUCUGGAGACUGUAAUAUUUGUGACCCUUUUUAAGAGUUGCAAUUUCAAUAGAAAUUGGCACUUUUAUAAUUAAGAGCAGAAACACCUCCCAGGUUGUUAGCCAGAGAGGUUUUCUUCAGCUUCCAUUUAGAAGCAUAGGAAAGCUGCGAUCAUGUGCGCACUUGCUGCUCGAGCACACAUGCUGAUUGGAGUAUUGCCUGCAGCCUUUGCAAGCCCAAACAGCAGGUCUGCAGCAUUUGCAAGCUGGUUUUAGAUGUAGUCCCACUAGAGGAAAAUUAUUUAAAAUAAUGCAAAAGUAAAUGCAUGUUUUCAUUGGGUAUACCGACUAAAUAUUGCUUGUAUUCCAAUAGAGUAUUCCUUUAAAUUUAGUUUUUGUGAUGGAAAUACAUUCUCUCCUUGUAAUUUUUAAAACUAUUUCUCCUUUCCCUAGUGGUGAUGAGAUAGAGGAAGCUAAUGGAACAAAUCCAGGAGCUGAAAUCGAGGUUGAACCACAGAAAGAACCCAAGAAAGAGGUAUGUUUCAAAUAGAAAGUUGCGUGUAACCAGUCAUUGUAGAGGUUAUUGUCAGACUUAUAGCAAAUGGUGUAAACCUUUUUCAUUCACCAUUGUACAUUGGAAAUGGUGGACAAACAGAGUAUUUAUGGUACUGGGAUUUAUUUUAUGCAAAACUAUAAAUUAUGGGAUAUUUUACAAAUCUGGAGGAUUGAUGUUGCUCUCUGAAAACCAUAGUUGUAGUUUUGCUGCCUGCAGUGUCCCUUUUAGAGUACUCAAGCCUCUUAACAUGCUCACUUUAAUAGGGGCAAAAUAUCUAGUUUGCAAUGACCCUACAGCUAGUUUUUGUCUUAUUUUACACACUAAACAUUGUUAUAUGGUCUCCAUAAACCUACCAACUAGUGAAAGUAGUUGUAGCAGAGUGUUUGAUUGUUAUUAAUUUUUUGUCACAGAUUCCCAAAAAUGACACGGUCCCUCAUGUAAAAAAAGAAAAACACCCAUCCCAAGCAAAGAACAGAGCCAAGCGAAAACCACCAAAGGGAAUGUUUCUCUCCCAAGAAGACGUUGAAGCUGUUUCUGCAAAUUCCAACGCUGCCACAACUGUAUUGAGACAGCUGGACAUGGAGCUAGUUUCAAUAAAGCGACAGGUAAAUACGCACCAACCAACAUGUUCUCUUGGAUAUUGACAAGAAUAUGGACUAAUUAAACUUAGCACUGUAGAGAGAUGUGUUUUCCUUUUUUAUCUACAACACGUACAUCAUACAUCAUUUGUGUGUCUUGAUCAUUUUUCAGUGUGUUUAGUAAAUGGGAAAUAUUGGUGCAAAUGCUUCUUAUAAAGCAACAUGCUACGUUUUUCAUGAUUUAUUUUUUUAAAUUCUUGGAGGAAUUGAGUACAUUAGUGCUUGGCGAUCCUAAGAAAUAUUUGCUGAAAUGCUCUCAGGCUUUCUACAUGUACACCUGUAUUAACGAAGUAUUCUCUUGCAGAUUCAAAAUAUCAAACAAACAAAUAGCGCUCUCAAGGAACAACUGCAGGGUGGAAUAGAUGAAUUCAGAAUUCCCGAGGUAGGCUUGAAAACAGUUUGUGUAAAUAUAGAUAGAUUUGGUGGCUGAUGCUACUAUAUGUGUAGAUGACUGACUGACUGGAUUAAGCAAUCUUCUUUGUUUUAAUAUUUAUUACAACUGAUAAAAAUCUAAGCUAAUUUUGCUAGUUUGAAUCUGUUCUCAUUGCAGAUAUUAUAUCAUGCCCAUCAUCCUUUACUGUUAUGUCUCCUGUCCUCUCUACAUGUCGGGUCAUUCACUAGACAAAGAAGUCCCAGUUUAGUAAAUAAUUCUGCGAAUGUUUUUAAUAAAACUAUACACUUGCAAAAUACUGUUCCGUGAGUUAAAUUACGUUGAAUUUAAACUGUUCUGGAUCCAUAUUAAUAAUGUCUAUUUUCUACCCUUUAGGUCAGCCAAAAGUUUAAUGCUAGAUGGACAACAGAGGAACAGCUUCUAGGAGUACAAGGUACAGAAAGGAGGGGUUGUUUAAUAAGUUUAAAGGAAAAAAUUAUAAAGCUUCAGCUCUGUGUCCCAGUGAAAGUAGGGGAGAUAUAUAUAUAUAUAUAUAUAUAUAUAUAUAUAUAUAUAUAUAUAUAUAUAUAUAUAUAUAUAUAUAUAUAUAUAUAUAUAUAUAUAUAUAAAUAAAUUAUAGGAGUAGCUUUUAUUAUUUUACUGAUGCAAUAACACUUGGGAGAAUGUGAGUGCAAGACAAAAAUACUACUAUAAUCUGAAGAUUUACAAACUUACUAAAAAGAAAAACAAGUUUAAAAAAAGUAUAAAACAAACUUCCAGUAAUGACCCUUUUCCUUCCUUUAAUUUCACAGCAAUACGCAAAUAUGGACGUGAUUUCCAAGCCAUCUCUGAUGUAAUUGGAAACAAGUCAGUGGUUCAGGUGAAAAAUUUCUUUGUCAACUAUCGACGUCGCUUCAACAUUGAUCAAGUUUUACAAGAAUGGGAGGCUGAACAUGGAAAAUUUGAGGAAAAUGGGGAUAGCACACAGAAAACUAUAAAAAUGUCCGACACUGCUCUUAAAACAUCUGACGAAGAGGAAGAGGUAAGCCUUAUAGAAAUGUAUUUUAUAUGGCGAGAUCCAGAACCAAAGUAUUCUGCACACACAAAUGUUACUGUUUGCCGUGUUAGGCAGACAACACAUUGCUUUUUAACCAAGGCAGAAUUUUUUUUACAAUCAGUGCUUACUGAAAUAGUCAAAACUAUGGGGAAGGGCGUGUUCUAAAAAGGAAUAUAGACCACUGUAUGAAUUCAGAUAACAAACACCAAGUAGUUGCAAUGAAUAAGUAAUAGAGCAAGCAAUAAAUGUUAAAAGAAAGACAACACAUUUAGACUGAUGCUGUCAAAUGGAUUAGCGAUAAGACUGGUAAAAUACAUUUUCAAUUUGUAAAUGAAGACUGACAGUGAUUUUAGUUAUACAUUUGUUUGAAAUAGAUUUACAUUCUUGGCAUAACCUUUGUUGCAGUCAUCAACUACAGUAGAAUUCUUAAAGGGACAGUUGAGGCACCAAAAUCACCUCAUCUUACUGUGAUCAUUUUGGUGCACAGUUUCUGCCUCUUGUCUUACAAUUCUAAAAAGUGCAUUAUCUGAGAAACUGCAAAAAAGGGCGCACACAUUUGACUUAAAAUAAAGACAUUUGAAAACCUUUUAGCAUUUUAAGCAAUCUAGUGCUUUGAACGUGACAUUUACUGUGAGGGGGGUGGUAUCCUACUAUUUGUAUAACCGGAAUUAAUUUGCUGGUGUACAUUUACAAUGCCAAACAAAGCAGGAACUGUUUUUUCCGUUUUUGUAACACUGGGUGAGCUAAUAAGUUUCUUUAAUCUGGUAAACUUUAAAGCAGACCUUUCAUGAUACAUUGUACUAGCAACAGUAAAUGUAUAUUUACUCCCCACCUGUCCAUUUUUAACACAAACAUCAAUGCUUUCAAAUGGGUGACAAGGCAGCACGACAACCCUUCUACAGCCGGUUCUCCUGCUCUGUCACGGCAACAACAGUAGAUGCAUUGUAGCACAUUUGCACAAUAUAAAUCAUAUAGCACGUUAGUGGAGUAUAGGAAUGGAGUGAUAGAUGUGCCUUCGUUAUGCAAUGCUGCUCUAGCUAUAUAGUCUGUCUGGCAUUGCAUGGGAAUUUGUAUCAGUGUGGUGAGAUUAGUUAAACCCCUGGAAUGCUGGCAUUAAUGUUCAAAAAGAUAAUUUUUAGGGGUGGUUAUUCAUUAAGCCUUUUUAUACCAAGUUAGUAUGAUUGCAUGGCUACGUGUAGUAAUUAUUUGGUAUGAGAUGAUUUAAAAAAAUAUUUCUGUGACAGACAAAAUUGCGUAUAGCAUAAGAAACACUACUGACCUAAUCAUUCUUCUCCUAAUAUCUACACUAUGUGCCUAACACUAUGAUGUUUUCUCCCCCCAGGCCUCUGUACUUGAUGUGAGAUACACGGCAGCCUCAUGAAGAAAGAAAAGAGGAAAGAAAAAAAAAACACAAACACACAAAAAAAACUUAAUGUUGACUACUUUAUUUGCCCAAGAAAUCAGGUAUUACCAAACCUCAGCCAAUCCAUCUGCAUCCUGUUUGUGGACAAGCAGCUAUUUACCAAAAAGGCAAAUACUUCUAGCCCUUUGUGAUAUCUGCCUUAAUCAUCUUUUACCUACACACUGCUUCCACUCUCAUUCAAGAGGCCAGAGACUGAUUAUCUCCAUCAGCGUUCUCAGACUUUGGAACACGAAGAGCUACACUCUGUAAAUACACAGAUAAGCAUAUGGCACCCUUUGCUUCUGAGAUUGAGCCGCUACCAAAAGAGAAUGGUUAAACCUUACCGAGGCUGUAUGCAUGAACUUUGUGACCUUUGCUUUGGAUGUUGUGUUAGCGCUAGCAGAAUAUAUUUAAAAAAUCCUGUAUUGGGGCAGAUUUUUUUUCCCAUCCCCAUUUUCUUCUUUUUAGAAAAAAAACGUGCAUACAUUAAAAAAAAAGUGACACUUACUUAAGAUGAGUGGUUAUAAAAGAGGAGAAAAAAAAACAACCUAAAUGAAUGUGCUUUUGGUUUGUAUUUUCUGUAAAGUAUAAAAAUAAUUUGAUAUUUCUGCUUUUCAGGAAUCUAGUUCUAGCAAAUGUACUCCCUUUAAUCUAUAUGACUCCCUACCUGCUUUGUUUAUCCAUCAUUUAAAAAUAAAUCCUUUUUAAAAUUCCGGUUGAGGCAGGGUAUUGAGUAAUCUGAUGGCUGCACAUUUUUCAUAGUUUACCUUGUUUUUUUGUUUUUAAUGUACAGUUUUUAAAAUAUGGAACUUUGUUUAAAGAGCUGCUCUGCUGGUUGGUCUUUUAAAUUGGAAUGUAUUGUCCUGUCUGUUUUAAAAACUAUUAUCAUUACACUCUAAUGUGCAAUUUUGGGGUAACUGCAUUUUAAUUUAAUUCUUUUUUUCAAAGAUUUGGUGAAAUUGUUUAAGAUUUUGAACCGAAUGCAUCAUGUCAUUUCAUAGAACAGUUUUGAAAAGGAUGUUUCUUCAACAUUAUAGGGACACUCCAGGCACCAAAACAACUUACUCUAAAUUAAGUUGUGAUGGUGCCAGGAGGCCCCUGGAGUUAUUCUUACCUCGAGGUGUUUAACCCCAAAGUUGCCUACAGCGGCGAUAUCCAGCUCUCUGCUAGUCAGUGACUCCCCAUUCCCUAAUCUGACUUGAAAAGAAACCUACCUUUCUCAAGCCAGUCUAGUGAAAGGGGAGUCAUCAAUUGGCCAAAUCAGUGACGCCCCUCACAGUGGUACCCUAGGCUUCCUGGAUCUAGAAAUUCAGAAGCCGGAUGCCGCCCAGGGGGAAUGAACAUCGCCACUGGAGAAAAUUUUAACCUCUUGAGGUAACUGUGCCUCCAGGGGCCCCCUAGCACAAGAACAACUUCAUUUAGAUGAAGUUGCAUUUGUGCCUGGAUUGUCCCAUUAAUUAUUUUAUUAAGGAGUGUGUGGUUGAGGAAUGAAAGGAAAAAAAGUCAGUUUGUGUGUGCUGGAUUGGUGAGCGUUGCAUUACAGCCACGUCUCGUCUGGACAUGUGAUCAGAUUUGUUACAAUAUGCAUGCUAAAUGCAGUGUCGUUUUAUGUGCCUUUCCCAUAUAACAAUGGUUAAAAUCCAAACUGGAAGAUUUUUUUCAAGGUGUGGGUUUUGUUUUUUGUAAACCUAUAAAGCAGAUUUGUCACAAUUGUGAUAAGUGAGUAUUUUUGAAUCCAGCCAAUAAAAGUAGCUAUUAAUUAUACAUGGUUCCUUUUUAUAUACACAUGUAAAAUUGAGUUUGCUUCCACUGUCAUUUCAUUUUCCCUCUGCAUUCAGUACACAUCUUACAGAUCUUAAAAUCUUACUGAGCAAAUUGCUGUUGACAAGUGUUAGAAACUUAAGGGUAAUGUAUAUAGAUCUGCGUGAUUUUGAUCAUUAAAUUGACACUCGAGGGUGGAUACUCCCUCAUAUUUGUCUGCAAUGGCUAGACAAUACACAAGCUAUAAGGAAACACCAUUGUAUGAAGAUUUGCAUUUGCUCAUGGGCUUAAACCUGCAUGUUCAUUCCCUAGCCCACCCCUAGCAAGGUUAUCAUGUGAAUUGGACACUGAAAGAUUAAAUAGGAGCUGUAGAUAGAUGCAAUGUGCACAGAGUUAACUUGCCACUUGUGGUAAUAGGUUCUUUAUGGCAGACUGCCUAUACAUGGUGUUGGAAUUUAACUGAAAUAGGACAGAAAUGGCAUAGCUGGCUUAUUAAUUUCUGGCAUCCUUACCUCUUCCCAUUAGCAGCAGCAAGCUAUGAACACUUGGGGGGGGGGGAGGAGGGUUUGCACAUACAUUAAAAUCGCACACAAGAGACAGCUCCUGGCAUGCUAAUAUUGCAGUGCUAAGGAUUGAGAACAGGUCUGUAAACCUCUGUAUGAAAGACUAGUAGGCUUUCAUACUCUGUGUACAAAGCACUUUAAAUAUAAACAUUAUUAAAUGGUACUUGUGCAAUAAAUUUGACUUGCUUUAGGAUUGUAGAUUAGUGUUGUACACACACAUCUCCCACUAAACUUAAAUCAAAAUAUAGCUGUGUGUUUAACACAGUAUUCAUAAUGUUAUUAAAGGGAUACUAUAAGUGUCCGAAAUACAAAGCUGCAUUCCUGGUACUAUAGCUCCCUUGUGCCACCCAGUCUGAUAAAAGAGUCAAAAUUCUUUACUUACCCCAGCACCAAGGGACAUCGGCCCGUGAUGAGCCGCCACUAAUGCACAUGCGCAGAAAACGCCACACAUGCAUCAGACCUCCCCAUAGGAAAGCAUUGAAUCAAUGCUCUCCUAUUGGGAGGAGGAUGGGGAAAUCUGACACUGGAUGUCCUUAAUAGAAAAAUUAAGCAAUAUUGAAAAAACUUACCAUGUUCUCACUGCAGGGUUUGGACAAUCCAGGGGACGGGGUUUAUUUUGUGUGUCCUGAGUUUCAAACUAAAACUUUGCACAUACAUAAUUCAAACACUAUGACUACUUCAAAUCUGUAAAGUGGUCAUUGUGCUUGGAAUAACCCUUCAAAUUUGAAAUUAUCAGUUUAGUGAAUGACAUUAUUAUUAUGCAUGCUGUAUUAACUAAUUAUGAUGUACAUUGUGGGAAAUGUUUGAAACGUUUUGUUGUACACACACAUUUUUUCUCUUCCUUGCACUAAGGCAGUUUAAAUGUAGGAGUUCCUAUAGAGUAGUUUUGGUAAAAGUUGUUCAUGCAAGAAUAAUUUAAGCUCUUAAGAGUAAAUCAUGGCUAGCAUGCAAAAAUGAUAAAGGAAAUUUUCAUUCCAACCUGACAAUUUUAAAGAGACACUACCCCAAACAUUAUCCCCAGUGCAUCCUUUAGCAGUAUAAAGGGGAGGGGGAGUCAGAACUAUGUAUCUAAAGUGGAAUGUUCACUGUCUGGGGUCCUUGUAUUAGGCCCCCUGAUGGUGGCUGAGGGGGCAGGCAAAGGUGAAUUUUACUUAUAUCAACCUCUCCUGCAGGGGCGCUACAAUCCUCUUGCUGUUGCCACUUUUCAGCAGCCAGUAGCAGAUGGCAGCCCUGUACUUACAUGUGCGAGAGUACAGCACUGAAGUCUAUGGAGUAUUCAGCGAGACCUACAGCUGUCACUCCGCCUAGUAUCAAGCUUUGUGAGGCAGUGAAAACAUACGCAGACAAAGUAGUCCCUAGUUUGUUUCCGUAAAUCUUUUGACGGAGUUGGUAUUUCAGUGACAAUCAAAAGAUAUACUGAGAGUUUUCUAAAGAUCAAUAUUGAUUAUCUCAUCCAAUGCUUUCCCAUUGGGAGGCUAUUGUGCAUGCAAGACAUGAAAACAAUAUAAAACUGGUAGCACAAUUCUAAAGAUCAGAUUUCACCCCCACCCCCCUUCCUAUUAGCAGUAGCAAACUAUGAGCUAUGAACACUUUUUAAAAAAAAAAGGGGCGGGGGGAGGAAUUCUUCCCCCGUCCCACUCCCUUCAUACACGUGUUUUUAUACCAUGCCUGAGCUUUUGGGCAUUUACUGGUAUCAUGACAACCACCCCACCAUAAAUAAUAACAGGCUUUUAUCUGCAAGAUAUGAUUAUUCAGGGGUAAGCAUUGUAUGUGGUUUUUGUCAAGUUAAAAAAGUAAACUUCUUAUUAAUGUACAGAAACCCACCUUAGAGUGUCUUUUCUGUAACCGGCAAUGUCUUGUGUGCUCCUGACCUAAAAGUAUAAAUUAGCAAAUAGGAGUAAGACGUUAAAAAGGUGAUUUAAUGACUUUAGUCUGUACUAGCCUAACUUUGCUGCGGCUUCCAUGCCCAUUGCCAAGAUUUGAUGCAAAUGUUUUGACAGUGGAUACUUAAGUGUAUUAAUGAAUAUAAAACAGCACUUAGCAAACAUUAAAAUAUCUUAACUUUACCAAGCACAAAUGUCCCUGUAUCACACAAAGUCCUAAAGGGAAACUAUAGCUCCCUACAGAAGGGGUUAAAAACCCCUUCUGCCACUUACCUCAGUCGGUGCUGGCUUGGGUCAGCCCGCAGGGGAGUCCCAAUGCGCAUGCGUGGCAAUGGCCGUUCUCGCAUUAGGAUUUUCCCAUAGGAAAACAUACCAUUCUUUCCUAUUGGGAUUCGGGGGAAGCAGUUAUGCAUAGUGUGAGGAUGUCCAGCGUCAGGUGACUAAAAGCUGGCUAACACCUCGAAGUCCCUCUAAUGGCUGUCUGGUAGACUGCAACUAGCGGUGGAAUUAACCCUAAAGGUAAUUAUUGUAGUUCAUUAAUAACCGCAAUAACUUCCUUUUCUAGGUUAAGGGACCUGAGACACUGCACCCAAACCACUCCACAGAGCUGAAGUCAUCUUAACCACCCAGGUUAAAUGGCAAGUAUGGGAAUAGCCAAUAGAACACACACAAUUCUGUCAUCACAAAUUUAGUUCUAACAAUUUAGAAUCCUAAACCUGUAAAUGGUUACACUUUAUAUCCAUCUGCAAGGCAAAAGUGAUCAGUGCUUUUGUGGAGUUUAUAGAAUUGUCUACGCAGAUAUGUUCCUGUAAACCAGGCAAGUUCAUUUAGUCUAGGCCAGUGCUGGCUAAACUCUAGCACUGCAGUAUAGUCAUCGUGAACUACAUGUGAGGAGCUAUUUAGAUCGAUAUUAAACAAGAACUACAUGUGAGGAGAGGACUAGCGAUGCAUCACAGGAAACCAACUAUUGGCAACAUCUGUUUUUUGUGGGGUUUUUUUUUAAUGCUAUAACCGAUUAUUUACAAUCUGUAACUUGCCUGUUUUUAAUUUUACCUGUUAACCCAUGCAUUGAUAAACCUGGCCAUACCAAAUAGCAACUUGUCAUUUAUUUCACUACUGCCAGGAAUAUGAAGUACUAUACCCAUUCUAUCUCUAGUGUUUGACGUCCACCGUCUCUCCAUUCAGUGUUAAGCCAUUCCCAAGUAGCUUGAUACUGAAUUAGGGUCCCUGGUUUCCCAUAGCCCUGUCCCCACUGGAGGUAUGUUUAAGACAGAUUACAAUCUUCCUUCUAGCCAUAUCAAUUCAUACCAUCAAUGGCUACUGUAUAUAACAAAAAGAAAUACAAAACACGAACCCUUGCGCUCAAAUUCUUACUACUCCUGGGUGGCAGCAACAGUAUAGUUUGAAGCAAGGUGAAUGGUUAGUGUAAGACCCACGUAAAAGGUUUGCCUUGACGUGGCAGGUGGGCAUUUCCCUCCAAUGGCCAUUGGAGUAACUAAAAAAACAAAAACCUACAUUUGUUUAAAUAUACAUAGGGAUUUGGGAAAGAGCGCAGGCAACUUUUUUCUUAGUUUUUUACUCUAUUUAAUGGGGUGGAUGUGUACUAUGGUCGUUGCUGCUGCCCAAGAGUAGUGGGAGUUUGCGCGCAGGACUUUUUUUGUAUUCGUAUUCACAACAGUAUAUUUUGAGCCAAUAUUCUCAGCCAAACUCAUUAGCCCAAGCAGCACAGAAAGCAUGGACAGCUGAGGACUCCUGUUAAGAUUAAACAUAAAAAAAACAAAAAACACUGUCUGGAAUAUUUUUGUGCGUUUUAUUCAAUAUAACCACUGAAGUGAGAAAGCAGUUACAUUCACUACCUACAUUAUCAGUUCAAUUGCUUGGUAACCUUUUACAAAUACAUGGGUUAAUGGCUGGAUUCAUUAGAGGUUUUCUGUCCUCCCUGAUGGUCUAGGACUCCGGCAUAGGCAACCUUCAGCACUCCAGGUGUUUUGAGCUACACUUCCCAUGAUGCUUUGCCAGUGUAGUGGGUGUAAGAGCAUUGUGGGGGAUGUAGUCCAAAACAUGGGGAGUGCCGAAGGUUGCCUAUGCUUGGUGUAGGUGAUCAGUGGUUCGUACAUAAUAGCAGGGGGAUCGAUGAUUCUGACCAAUCCUCCCCUGCCCAGUCCACACAGCUAUUUCGCUGAGGUUUAUUCGUACCUUACAAAUACAAAAUAUCUGAAAACUGAAACUGACAAAUCUCCAACCCUGGCAGAGAUGUAGAUACACACUUGCUUUUUAGUUAGACUUUUGUAAAGAUAUAGGGGUGUUUGUUUUCUUUUUUAAAACUUAUUUGAAUUAAAGCUCAGCAACUCCUUGCCUAUUAUGACUUUUUCUUGUGAAAUCUCAAUGUGAAUGUUUAAAAUUAUAUAUUUUGGUGAAAGCAGGAAUGCAUUUUUAAUUAGUAUGUUAUUGUUCAAGGUAUAAUUAUCUAUAUACCAAUAUACUUUACUUGCCUUAGGAUUAGUUUUGUUAACUGUGUUUAGGUUCUAUAUUAAAAGGUGCAUUAUUUCAAAUAUUCACAAAACAACUUUGAAUUUGCUCUUUUGUUCUUUUCCCUCUGCAAAACUACUCUGCUCCAGAAGUCUGUAUAGACAACAGGUGCCAAUGUUCAGUUUAAUAAAUGAGCCAUGGUCAUGUCUUAACUCUUAAUUUUAUUGUAUUUAUCACACACUGUAUUUAUUUACUAAAUUAAAUACAAUUUGUACCAUAUACCUUGGGCAAUUAGGUAAAUAAUUUAAUCUUUUAUAAGUAAGCAUUAAAAUAAAAUAUGUAUUAGCAGAAUACAUUUGAAAUUUGUGUAUUUAGCAGGAUGGAG